GCUACGACGCAGCGGCGGCGGCGCCGACGAUGGCUAUCCCUGCUAGCCAGAUCUCAACACAGAAAAGCGAUAGACAGUGGAUGGCGAGCGAGCGACUGUUCGAGGGGGUUGGGAAUAUUAAUUCUUGCCGCCCUGAGAUGCAGAUGCAGAAUAUGUUUGGUGCGAGGAAGCCCACAUGCCUUGAUCAUAUGAUCGAAGAACUCGAAAGGGCUGACAAGGAAUUCCCCGUCUGCGUUCAGAAGACACGUCGGUCGGUUGAUCAGGGGUCUAUUCUGCGCGACCUUGGUCGCCCAUUUACUUAUGGACUCAGAAGGGCUCACAAGAAUCGGUACUCCUCCUCUGGGAGGGUAUGUUCGUUGGUUCGUCCGCUGCCUAGAAGGUAUGGACUGCGUAAAUUUGAUGCUCUUAUGUGUGAGAUGGACAGAGCGGAAACCCUCCUGGAGAAGCAGGACAUUUGCCCGGAAGGUACCCAUGAGGUGGAGGAGGAGACAACCGUGGAGCUUCAGCUCAAGGAUUUGAACAUAUCCGGAUUCAAAUUGGACAAGUCGGUGCUCCAGCCAGAUCAUGACAGCCCUGCCAAAGAAAAUCUGGCAUCUUUCUUCCUCCCAGAUGGUGAUGAUACUGACGGUGGUGGUGAUGAGGAAGAGGAGGAGAUGGAGGAGCAGGUCAUUUGCCAGGAAUGUACCCAUCAGGUGGAGGAGACGACAACUGUGGAGCUUCAGCUCAAGGAUUUGAACAUAUCCGGAUUCAAACUGGACAAGUCGGUGCUCCAGCCAGAUCAUGCCGGCCCUGCCAAAGAAAAACUGGCAUCUUUCUUCCUCCCAGAUGAUGAUGAUACUGAUGGUGGUGGUGAUGAUGAGAAAGAGGAGGAGAUGGAGGAGCAGGUCAUUUGCCAGGAAUGUACCCAUCACGUGGAGGAGACGACAACUGUGGAGCUUCAGAUCAAGGAUUUGAACAUAUCCGGAUUCAAAUUGGACAAAUCGGUGCUCCAGCCAGAUCAUGCCGGCCCUGCCAAAGAAAAACUGGCAUCUUUCUUCCUCCCAGAUGAUGAUGAUACUGGUGAUGGUGGUGAUGAUGAGAAAGAGGAGGAGAUGGAGGAGCAGGUCAUUUGCCAGGAAUGUACCCAUCAGGUGGAGGAGACGACAACUGUGGAGCUUCAGAUCAAGGAUUUGAACAUAUCCGGAUUCAAAUUGGACAAAUCGGUGCUCCAGCCAGAUCAUGCCGGCCCUGCCAAAGAAAAACUGGCAUCUUUCUUCCUCCCAGAUGAUGAUGAUACGGAUGGUGGUGGUGAUGAUGAGAAAGAGGAGGAGAUGGAGGAGCAGGUCAUUUGCCAGGAAUGUACCCAUCAGGUGGAGGAGACGACAACUGUGGACCUUCAGCUCAAGGAUUUGAACAUAUCUGGAUUCAAACUGGACAAGUUGAUACUCCAGCCAGAUCCUGCUGGCACUGCCAUAGAAAAACUGGAAUCUUCCUUCAUCGUAGACGAUGAUGAUACUGAUGGUGCUGGUGAUGAUGAGAAAGAGGAGGAGAUGGACAGUGACAAUUCCCCUAUGGAGGAGCAGGUGCGGAGUAUUGGCUCAAAGUUCGUAUUGGAGAUGGUGGCAGAGACGGUGCUGGUUCCGGCUUAUUUGAGCACGUUGGACAUGUCCAUAGUUGAACCAGUAUCUUCCAGAUUGGAGGUUCAUGACCAUGAGGAGAUCGACAGAGGCAAAUCGGACGAACAAUUAACCAUGGAAAAGGAGGAGAUGGCUGCUGAGGAAGAGGAUUUUAUGUUUUACAGAAGUGACUGGGAAUCUUCAUGGGGAUCGGACGGGUGUGGUUUCUUCGAAGACAUGACGCAAGUCAGUUCCAUGCACUUCACACACUUGACACCUAAACGCAACACCUUAGACAAUGGCAUCAUGGAGUCCACCUUGCAGAUCUUCUCCAUCAAACUCACAGAAAUAAAAGGUGGCUUCAAAUGGCCAUUGUCUGUGUACGGAGUGGUUGCUGCCCGGGAUGCUGUUGAUCACAAUCGCAACCUUCUCUUCUGUUGCAAUAGAAGGAGGAGUCAGAAAAUCAAGCAAGAUGAUCCUUUUUUGCGCUUGGUGGGUCCAUCUCGUGCAAUUGUGUUCACAGAUCCUGUUGAAUUUGAAAUUCAACUGAAAGUUCAAUUUGGAGCACUGACUCAAGAUAGAGCAUUGAUUAGUGGGACUUACCAUUAUGCUGGACGUGGUCAUGGUGUAAAAACGAUUUGCUUUGAGAACUGCUUCUGCAAAGUAGAGAUAAGCUUGGAGCGAGUUGUAGAGACGGUCCAGGCCACUAUCUGCAGUGUCCGUGUUGUCAAACAGGGGUCACAGCUUUUUAAAUAUGGAUGUAGAGUUGCUUGCUCCAUGGCAUCAUGUUCAUGUGUGCUCAUUGAUGGUAAAGCCACUUAUGCUACUCAUGCCCCAUCUGGUGAAGUUGUGCUGCUUAAUUCUCAUUGUCCAGCAAUGUCUGUGGGUUCAGAAGGUUAUGUUGAUCUGGACCGGCGUGUUGUUUCUGUACAACUUGAUGGAAGCCUGGAAGUAGUCAUACAAGCUUACUCUGUAUCCGGUGAUAUCGCUGAGCAAGGUCAAGUCUUCUUCACACCUAAAUCCUGUAGUGUAAGUCAGGAUAAAUGUUAUGUUGGUGACACUCAGGUGGAGAUUAGUGUUGCUUGGUCCCUUCUUGUUGAGAACAAGCGUUAUAUUGCGGGAAAUGGAUGGGUAUUUGAAACUUCCCAUCUCGAUCACUGAUUCGGCUUUUUAAGUGCCUUCAGUUUUAGCCAUCAAUUAGUAGCUAUGCAAGAUGUUGAACUGUUCGUGUAUCGACUAUUGCUUAUGCUAUCUGACUCUGUUCUGUU